GGCCACAACUCCUAAACCCAGCUCCUUUCAACCCUAACCGCUUCCUGCCCAGGGCCCUUGCCAUCUCAAUUCAUCAUGGCUGACAUCAUUAAGAACGUCUUUGGCGGUGCUGAGAAGCCCAAUGCGGCUGCCGGCAGCGGCGACUCUGACUUUGCCGACUUUGCUGCUGCUCCCAAUGCCGUUCCUGCUGCCGCUGCCGCUGCUGCUGGAAAGGCUUUCGGGUCUCCCGCCGAGGCCACCGCGAUGCCCUUUACGAAAUGGUACAAUAUCCACGAGCGCCAUUCUCUCGACGAGUUCAAGGCCGAGGGCUUUAUCCUGCUGGCUGCUGUCUUCCUUCUUGCCUUCCACUUUGUGGGCUCCAAGAUCAACCGCAGCAAGGCCAAGUCAUGGAUGAAGGUCAACGUCGACACGCUGCAGAGCGAAUUCGCACAGCUUGGCACCGACCGCCGCCGCGUCCACAAGACGUACGAGACGCUCCUCCAGGAAAAGUCCCUGUACGAGUACUCGACCUACGCCACCGGCCGACAGAACGUUGCCUUUAUCGACGUCAACCUGACCCUGGCCAAGCGCUUCAACCUCAUUAUGCACGUCCUCGAGACCGGCGCCAGCUUUGUCAGCGACAUGUUUGGCGCUCCCGAAGACACCGUUGACAUUACCAUCUACCCCUUUGACGGCAAGGAGAACCUGACUGUUCCCCAGCUGCGCAGCAUGCCUGAGGAGGACCGCAAGGAGAACAAGAGCACGUACGACGGCUUCGUCUGGGCGCUUGUCAACAAGUCCCGCAUGAAGAAGCUCCGCGACGACCGCUACGAUGUUUCCCUUACCGUUACCAAGGACAGCCCCAAGCUGCCUGCAUGGUUGACCGUCAUGAGCGAGAGCGCCGAGAUUACCGAGUCCCUCUUGACCCAGGAGCUUAUCGAUGCUGCCACGACGGCCGGCACCGACUUUGACUACCUCGUUGUCACCGAUCAGCCCCUCGACCAGCCUAGCAGCCUUGACGAGACGAACCCCCGCAAGCGCGUGUACCUCAAGUACCACCUGCCUUCGGACAACAGCAAGCUCGAGAACUUUGUGCCCCUGCUGUCCCACGCCAUCCGCCUGCCUGACGUCUUGAUCCAGAACGCCAAGUGGCGCCCUGAGGUCCUCAAGAAGCUGCGCCAGCCUCGUGAGGCCAAGAUCAACCAGAUCAAGCGCGCUAUCGAGGAGGAGAAGGCCGAGGAGCGUGCCGCUGACCGUGAAAAGGCCAAGAAGGCCAAGCGUGACGCUGAGCUUCAAGCCCUCGACGCCAAGGCCCAGAAGAAGUAUCUCGAAAAGGAGGCUCUCAAGGAGCAGCGCAAGGCUGCCAAGAAGAUGACCAUGCGCGGCUAAUAUCACAUAUUUAGUUGUAGGGGAUGGUUUUCGUCUUGUUUGUAGUAGUCUGCAUCUACCCUUGUUGAUAUCUUAGUAGUCAAUCGUUCCCGAGGAACAGGAAACCAAUAAAUAUUAUUCAAGGUUAUAAAGUCUUUUGAUUUGUAGAAUGUCCCAAUGCAUGAGUUACUUUUGAAAUUGGUCGUGCCAGCUCCCCUCUAGGCGUCUGCUGCCAGAAUAUCUGUUACUCUCUUAACCUUAUCUUCCGCCGUCUGCUUCUUGUCCGUCCUGUAUCGCCGGGUUAGCAUUUCAACUCUGUUGUGACUGUUACCACAAGAUUGCUUACCUUGAGCCAACACGCAUAGACGACUGGACUCGGACGACACCACGCUCAUGGACAACUGUGUGUGCCUUUCCCACCACCGUCAUGACAUCCUCCCAACUGCCCUCUAAAUGAUGUUAGACGAUAUCCAGAAAUACAAUUAUCGUAAGAAGAAAGACAUGCAACAUACCGACGGUCGUACCAGCCGAGUGCAUGGUAUACUUGAGGCCGCUAGCCUUGAGCACUCUCUGUACUUCUGCUACUUCUGCAGCAACAGAGGUUGUGCCUGUUCCGACCUAUAGAAUCAUAUGUUAGUUGCAUUGUAUUCACAAGCUAUACUUGCUGCAACCUGACUCUUAAAUAGAACAGCAAUAGUUAGCACAUACCGGAAUGAGGCAAAAGUCUACAUAGCAAGCAGCCGGUGUCUUAAUUGAUGUGUAAUCCAUAGCGUGUGCUUGUGUGGCAAACCUUCUAGCACUGUUUAGAAAUCGAAACAUGUAUUAGUUAGAAGUUGAAGUAUGGGGAAAGCGUUGCAAGGUAGAUGUGGUGUGUGAUGAUGAAGAUGGAGGAAGAAUGCAAAGGGCUGACCAGCGCUGAGCGUGGAUAGCGAUGUCGGCUAUUUUAGCGCCAAAACCACCAGCCGAGUACCGCUGUGGAUUGCUUCCUGGUGUAAGUCACAUUAUUACCAAGAAACCAAUGAAUAGUAUAAACGAAUUGAUUUAAUCUAGCCAAUCAACGUCAUAAAAUGCUAUGCAAACAUGGUUGCCCGCAUUGUCUAAUAAAUAUACAAAGCCAGACGCCAUACGAUAAAUACUACUACAAGACGAAACGAAAUUUGCCUUCCAUCAGGCAUGAUAGUCAAAAUCAUAGAAUCAAAAGAGCUGCAGCACAAAAUGCAAGAAGAGCCCCUUUUGCCAUUCCCUGGAACUGCUCGGUAGCUUUAGAGGUUGCUUCAGUCGUAAUCUUUCGACCAGCAAAGUCGCUGACGCCGUUCAGCGCGUCGGCGGCAGCCAGUGGGUUUUCUUGAUUCCAAAAGUCCACCAGGACAUAGUUGGGACGGGCUCCCCAUUCAGACUGACAGUUCUUCAAAUGUAAUCCAAGAUUGCCGGUAGUGCUGGUCUCAGGGCUGUUGACAAUGCUAAGCUUAUCCGUAUCCGGAACCAAGACGCCAGCGAGGAGCUGCUGAUACUUGAAAUGGUUGACAAGACUAAGAUAGUUUUGUGAGACGGCAGAUGCACCAGAGGUUCCGAGGGCCUUGGGACGAUCCAGACUGCAGUUGAAUCCAUCCAGCGAUGUGACUUCAAAUGGUGUUUCGAAUACAUAGUUGAACUCGGGCAGCAAGUACGGCACCGACGAAUCGUAUUUCGCGUUGGUGACAUAGCUGACUAGUCGUGUAUUCUGGUUAAUCAUGGUCUGCAGCGUGGGCCAGUUACCCGUUGCUGUAGACCCUGCAGGAGUAUAUCCAUACUUGGAGAUACCUGAUCGUUGAAACACAGCCCCGAGUUCCGAUGCAGAUGCAGAAUCCGAGUUGACAAGAAUAAUGGUGACGACUUCGUUCGGAUUCUUCGCCAUCCAUACAUUGAUGGCAGCCAGCCAAUUUUGCAGCGGCCCAGCAUCGAGCAGCUUACAGCUCGUAUGGCAGAGCCGGAGGGCAUUGUCCGACUUGUGCACCUGUGCCUGAAGAAGACGCAGACCAGCAUCAAGAGCAACGGUGGCAUUCUUGUACUGGUUGCCGGCUAUAGAAUUUUGUGUGCUAGCGUCUCGGAGGAAGGCUGCAUCGUGCGCGCCCAUGUGUGUGAUUGUGUUAUACGGGCGGUUACACAGUGAAGGUGAGUUGUUGCACGCAGCACCACUGGCGCCUGUAGUCUGGGGAGCUGCCGCAACAGACGCCGCUCCUAGAAGAGCAGCGGCUAAUAGAGACUGAAGGUUGAACAUGUUGCGUAAGUUGUGAUUUUCUGUAAGGUGACAAGAAAAGGCGAUUUGUGAGAAAGCGGACCAGCCGUGACGAAGUAGUUCAAGAUGAUGUUGAAGACUUGGGUGCGGCUAACAAGGCAGAGCGAGCGGACGCCAGUAAUGAAGAGCCGAGAAAGAAACGAUAGACGUGGUUUGGCGAUGUAAGCAGCAGACAAAGAUUGUCAGAGCGGCGAGAAACAAAGCGACAAAGAGAUGACAAAGGAAAGAAGAAGUCGGACGAGGUGAGGACGUAACGAGAAAGAAUGGUGUUGGC